UUUUAUUCAUUAGGAACCAAUUUUAUUAAACACCGUCCGGCCGUACAGCAUGCUUCUCACAUCGACUCAUUGACAAUUAAGCAAGUACGUCAGUUGACAAAUAGCUGCUAUCUAUGGUAUCUGUCACACCAAGUUAAUUAUACAAUGAAGUUUUUGCAACGUCUCUAUAAGAUCAUGUCACCAACACUGAAUAAGAAGACUGUGUAUGUCUACAACGGGGAAGGUUGUGGAGAGACCUCAUUGUCUAUGUUGAUGGAAAGUUUGACCUCUUCUCUUGACACCAGAGUUCAUGAUGUCCAGAUGAUAUCAGCCAAAAGCAUAAUUGAAGGAUCUUGGACCAAAGAUGCUGCUGCCAUUUGUUUUGGUGGUGGUUAUGAUCUUGGAUUUAUACGGUCACUUGGCAAGUUGGGAAUGAAGACAAUCCAAGACUAUGUCUACCAGGGAGGUUCAUAUCUCGGAAUCUGCGCUGGUUCCUACUUUGCAUGUGAUGCUGUCGCUUUUGAUAAAGGUGGACCAAUGGAAGUGGUGGGAGAGCGACAUCUCAAGUUCUUCCAUGGUAGUUGUGAAGGUCCUUGCUAUCCAGGGUUCAAGUACAAUUCAGAAAUUGGUGCUAAACCUGCUUUGGUGAACUUCGUCGAAACUAAAACUACAUUCCCUGUUUAUUACAAUGGCGGUGGAGCCUGUUUCCAAUAUGAAAACGCAGACCCUGUGAAACAUCCAAAAUCCAAAAUACUUGCUCAUUUUGAAGAACUCAACAACAAACCAAUUGCUGUUGUGAAGAACGAGGUAGGUUUGGGCAGAUCGGUUCUCAGCAAUGUUCAUCUGGAGUUCAACCCACACUUGCUUGACGAAAGAAAUGAAUAUUUGAGCCAAUUUCUAGAUGCCUUAAAGGACCAUGAAGAGAAGCGGAAACACUAUUUUGUAUAUAUUUUAACACAUUUAAAUCUUUCUGUAUAACAAAGUAAGACAAAGACAUUGGAAUUUAAUUCUAAAAACACUUAUUUCAGUUUCAAUGACUUCAUAGGUAAGAAAUUCCUUGUUCAAUCAAUUUAUUGUUUCUUAAUCUGUUAAAACACUUCAAACUCAAAUUUACUAAUCAGAUUU